UCAAAACACCCUCUGAUCCAUUUCUUGUAUAUCAAAUCGGAACCAAACCGAGACGUGCCUGAGUCACGCCAAACCACGUGCGGGGCCGCCUUUCUCCGACAAUAACUUUGGUUUGGUCCAACCGCCACCCCGAUUAACUUCCAAUUCUUUUGAUUUCUGAAGACCCAUAGACUAUCUUUAAGAAAGUCCCUUUUGACAUAACGCAGGGAAAAGGGUGACAGACACACGAUGACUGCCACCGAAGCAACGCAGACUAACCCCGCGGUACCCCGCUAUCUGAGCGGCGACGGAGCUGGGAUCCGCGAGUUUUUGGACAAGUUCGAUGUGUUCCUGUUCGAUUGUGAUGGCGUCCUCUGGUCCGGCGAUCACCUCUUCCCCGGCACGAAUGAGACAUUGGAACUGCUGAGAAGUAGAGGCAAGCAAGUCGUCUUCGUCACGAACAACAGCACUAAGUCCCGAGCCGACUACAAGAAGAAACUCGAGUCCCUCGGGAUCCCCUCCUCGACGGAAGAAAUCUUCUCCUCCUCCUACAGCGCCUCGAUCUACAUCUCCCGCAUCCUGGACCUGCCCCCCACGAAGCGCAAGGUCUUCGUGCUCGGCGAAACCGGCAUCGAGCAGGAACUCCGCUCCGAGAACGUCCCCUUCAUCGGCGGCACAGACCCCGCGUAUCGCCGCGACAUCACCCCCGAGGACUACAAGCAGAUCGCGGCGGGGGAUUCCUCGCUGAUCGACCCCGAGGUGGGCGUCGUGCUGGUCGGGCUGGAUUUCCACAUCAACUACUUCAAGCUGGCGCUGGCGUUCCACUAUGUGCGCCGGGGCGCGGUGUUCCUGGCGACGAAUAUUGAUUCGACGCUGCCGAACUCCGGGACGCUGUUCCCUGGCGCGGGGUCUAUGAGUGCGCCGCUGAUCAUGAUGCUGGGUAGGGAGCCGGUGUCUCUGGGAAAGCCGAACCAGGCGAUGAUGGAUGCGAUUGAGGGGAAGUUUCAGUUUGAUCGCAGCCGCGCGUGUAUGGUUGGGGACCGGGCGAAUACUGAUAUUCGGUUUGGCCUGGAGGGGAAGUUGGGCGGUACGUUGGGUGUGCUCACGGGCGUGAGCUCGAAGGAGGACUUCGAGAGUGGGGAGGUGAGGCCGGCGGCUUACUUGGAUAAGUUGUCGGAUUUGCUGGGAUCGGAGUAGAUGUACAGAGGAUGGAGGACUGGUUCCACGGGCUAUGAAUUACGAUUGGAGGAGAUGUAUAUGGCAUGGCAUGGCAUUGCUGAUAGAACGAUAUAUCAAGAUAGUCUAUAGAUAUGCAUACAAUAUGGUACAGCCUUAGAGAAA